AUGAAGGAAGUGCAAGAUUUUGUAAAGUCUCUCUACCUGUCGGGCCAAACAGAGCUGCAGAGCAAGCAACAGCGCAGUCCCGCAGAGGUGCGGCACAUGCAGUUUGACCCUUAUGAGUUAAUGGUCUGCAGCAAUGCGGCCUGUGUUGACCUGCUCUUUUGGGCCGUCAGGGAUGAAUCUGAGGCAGAAAACUUGUGUUUACGGCUUACUGAGAAAAUAAAUUCUCUAACAGACAAGAAAUUACUGCUUCUUCAUACGCCUUUGCAAAUGGUUUCUUUGGAAGCCCUUGGAAAAUUGGCCACUAAAUUCCCAAUUCUGGCCAGUACGAUGCUUGCCUCACUCCGGGAAUAUCUUGUGACCCCUUCACCUGUGCUUAGUAAACUUAGCAAAUACGCCACCCAAGAUGGCAAUAUCAAGAUCACCAUUACAGAUGAGAGUCGCGUUCAAAAACGACAGGGCAACCAGCGUGACCCCAAGAACAAACUGCUGGCCACCCUGGAAAACUUGAGGGACACAGCUGUUACCAAUGUAUGCAGGUGUUUGAAGGCUGGCUUACUUGUAGACCCAGACAUUGUACAAGCUUUCUUGGCAUCCGUAUCCAACAGACUUUAUCGAACAGAAACCAGUGACAGGGAAUCGGCAUUGAUCUCAACCAACACUAUCCUCACCCUGGGUCAUGUAGCAGUUGCCCUGAAAGACACCCCCAAGACAGUAGAAUCGGUGCUGCAGAUAUUCCAGCAACGAUUUUGUUCACCUCCAUCUCAUCUCGAUGAACUCAUUAUUGACCAGCUUGGAUGUAUGAUAAUGGCUGGUUGUUCGAGCAUUUAUGGUGAAGUUAUGAAGAUGUUUUCUCAGAUCAGCAUAGAAAGUAGCUCCCCUUACGGUCGAUACAAUACAGAAGAUAAGGUCAACAACUACAGGCAUGUGUCCUUAUCUGUGAUCAAUGCAUUUGCAAACAUUUCGGCCAACAUUCAAGGAGAAAAUGAACAAUUGGAAUUGUUAGUGAGGUUGUUGGAAUUGUUUGUUCAAAUGGGAUUGGAAGGAAAGCGGGCCAGUGAACGAGCACAGGGCGCUAUGAAGGCAUCCAACAGUGCAGGAAAUCUGGGUCUUCUCAUUCCUGUCAUUGCUGUGCUUGUUCGUCGCUUACCACCAAUCCGAGAUCCCAGGCAACGCCUGAACAAAUUGUUCCGAGAUUUUUGGCUCUAUUGUGUUGUUAUGGGAUUUGCAGUGGAAGAUUCAGGUAUUUGGCCGAGUGAUUGGUUUGAAGGAGUGUGUGAAAUUGCUGUCAAGUCUCCAUUGCUGCUUUCCAGAGAACAUUUACGAUCAGAACUGCGGUACAACACAGCACUUAAAAAUGAUGGUGUGGCCCAAGCAGAUCUGAAUGAACUACGCUCCAGUAUUUGCAGUCUGCUCAACCAAAAUGCCGACAUCAUUCCAGUGGUCAAUAGACUCAACUUUGCCCAGUGUACUUACCUGUUAUCAGUCUUCCGUCUUGAGACUCUCAGAGUAACAUUUUCCACAGAUCCCACGUCAUUCCAAGGACUCUUUCAUUACCUAGAAGAUAACACCAUCAUCAAGGACAAGGCAAACAUGUGGUUAUGCCUCUCUGUAGUUUCUCACAAAGUCUUUGAGAAGUUUCUUGAUGUUAUGGCAGAAAAGCCCAAGACUGAUGAACGUGAAAGAGAGUUAGAGAGGCAUGCUCAAUACUUGCUGGUCAAGUUCAACCAUGUCCACAAGAGUAUCCGGUGUGUAGCUGAUAAAUACCUCUCAGAAUUAGUAGACAGAUUUCCUUAUUUAUUGUGGAGUGGAGUGUUGCUUCAGACCAUGCUCGAUAUCCUACAAGUUUUGUCCAAGUCAUUGGAAGUUGAUCCUCAUGCUAAAGCUCCUGAUUUUCAAAUUCCAAACACACCUUACGUGCUGCGAGUGAGAGACACAAUGGUUGAUCGAGAGAAUACAGUAAAAGAUUUUGCAGCACGCAGCACAGGCAUCAUUCAGGAAGCAAUGAAGUGGGCCCCAAAUGCAACCCGGUCACACAUUAUUGAGUACUUGCUCAAAAUGGAACAUUCCUCACAAGGUUUGUUCUAUCACAGUGGACUUGCCCUGGCCACAGAGAGUGUACUCAACUAUGCUGGUUACAACAAAACAGCAGCACCCUUGGGAAUUGCCACGUUAGAUAGACGGCCGAACUGUGUGACCACGGACAGUUCUAAUUUUAUGGCGGCUCUUAGUUUGCGCAGUCGCUUUAGUGGUCAGGUAGCUGGUAUGCGAGAGGUGUGUGACAGUGAUGAAGAACUCAUCAAAAAAUUGUGUGAUACUCUUGAUAAAGACUGUGAUAAACAAAAUACUGAACGCAUUAAAUCUGGAAUGUUUAAAGUUUGUGCACUUUUAAUCACCAUGAGAGACCUCAAACGACAACUGCUUCAUGCACUCUGCUGGAUUCCUGUACGCAAUUUCACAGAAAGGACAAUGGAAGUGGCUGUUGCAUGUUGGGAGUGGCUGCUGGCAGCCCGGGCUGACUUUAGCAUUGAGUUUCUAUGUGAAAUGGCAAUGGCAUGGCAAAUGACUGUAGACAAGAAACUUGGCAUUUUUGCAGAAGACAAACCUCGGCCAGAUCCACUAGCAAAAACUGAAGAUCAGAGUCUGGAUCCGAAUCCGCCAAUGGUGGCUGGUCAUCAGAUCUGGACAAAGUUCCUGGCCGAGCGUGUUGAAAUUGCACGGUAUAGCAGUGUGGACCAGGUGAAUAUCUUGCUGUCUCUUCUUCAUAAAUCCCUGUCUAUCAGUGUUGGCAAGCAACCUGGAUUAAUGUCGAGGCACCCAGCUGCCCUGGGGCCCAGAGUCAGGUUACUAACAAUGGGACUUUCUUUACUGCAAGGAGACCUGUUGCCAAAUAACCUGAGUCGAAGUGUGCUUCGGGAAAGGGUCUAUGCAGCCACAUUGGACUAUUUUUGUGGACCUGUAAUCUGUCCUACGCAGCGGGGUUCUGAACUAAGAGAAGAUAUCAUCACUCUCAUCAAAUUCUGGAAGUUGAUGCAUGCUGACAAGAAAUAUUUACGAUCCAGUGUGCUGCCUUUUUGUGCGACGGACUCUGUUAGUUUGAACCCAUCUCAGUUGCCAGGUGCUGGGUUUUCCUCUGAUUUGAGAACCUCUCAAUCUUCGAGUGGCUGGAUGAACACGAUCAAUAGUGGGGUGUCAGUACAUUCCAAGCGAUCAACGAAUAUAAUCAGCUCCAAUGUAAUGCCAAGUUCCUUGUCUGUCUCACCCACCUCCUUCCAGUCUGGAUUUGACUUUUCCGAGGGCUCCAUGUCAAGAUUCCCAGAGAAUGACUUUUUUGGCAGUGCUGGGACCCUAGGUUCUGGUACUCGGAAAGUAAAUGCAUCUGGUGACCGUGUUGUAAAAGACUAUAUGCGUAAACGAAACUUAAUUCUCUCUCUCAUGGCUAACACCAUCGAUGCGUUUAUCAUGUGGCACAAUCCAUUAGAACUUGUUGAACAGAAAAUCCCUGGAGAAGAUCUCAUAACACAAUGGCGUAAUCAAAUUGUCACUGAAAAGCACUACCGAGAAACAGCUCGAUUGGCUUGGGAUAUUUCCCCUAUUCUUGGAGUAUAUCUACCAAAUAGAUUCAGAAACUCUGAAGCGCUUGUAAAGGAGGUUACUCGUUUGGUUCGUCUAAAUCCAAUGGCAGUUAACCAAAUCCCCGAAGUGAUUAACUACCUGGUCACUGUUCACAGUGUGGAGGCAGAUGCACCAGAGCUUGUUCAUGUACUGACGUGGGCCAAUGUUUCUCCUGUAGUUGCAUUAUCCUAUUUCUCUCGUCAAUAUCCACCCCAUCCAUUAACGGCUCAAUUUGCAGUACGAUCUUUAAGAUCAUAUCCUCCGGAUGCCUUGAUUUUCUACAUUCCACAACUGGUUCAAGCUCUUCGUUAUGACAAGAUGGGCUAUGUUGUGGAAUUUAUUCUUUGGGCAGCCAAAUAUUCUUCUCUUUUGGCUCAUCAGCUGCUGUGGAAUAUGCAAACAAAUGUGUAUCAGGAUGAAGAUUCAACAAUAAAAGAUGAUCAGAUAGGCAACUUGUUGGAAAGUUUGAUGAAGGACAUUACGAAAAGUCUGUCUGGGGCUGCUCUCAGAUUUUACCAGAGAGAAUUCGACUUUUUUGGUAAAAUUACCAACAUAUCUGGAGAAAUUCGGCCAUAUCCAAAAGGUCCUGAGAGGAAACAAGCUUGUCUAGAAGCCUUAGCAAAAAUCCGACUACCAAAGGGAGUUUACCUCCCCUCCAAUCCUGAAGCUAUUGUUAUGGAGAUAGACUACAAUUCAGGUACUCCUAUGCAAAGUGCAGCCAAAGCUCCAUUUUUGGCAAAAUUUGCUGUCAGAAAAUUUGGUGUUAAAGAAUUGGAAACCCUGGGUCUUGAAGAAUCAUGUGGAUUGGAGAGUGAACAGAACCCCAAUUAUUGGCAGGCGUGCAUCUUUAAAGUUGGAGAUGAUGUGCGCCAAGAUAUGCUUGCCCUGCAGGUGAUUUCCAUGUUCAAGAACAUCUUUGAAUUGGCUGGUCUUGAACUUUAUCUGAAACCAUACCGGGUUGUGGCUACAAAUCCUGGUUGUGGUGUUAUUGAAUGUGUGCCAAAUGCGAAAUCGAGAGACCAGAUUGGUCGACAAACAGAUAUUGACAUGUAUCAAUAUUUUAUAAGCAAAUAUGGGGAUGAAGACACGUCAGAGUUUCAAAUGGCACGCCGGAACUUCAUAGUAAGCAUGGCUGCCUACAGUGUGAUCAGCUACAUCCUACAAAUCAAAGAUCGGCACAAUGGUAACAUAAUGCUUGAUUCUGAGGGUCAUAUAGUGCAUAUAGAUUUUGGGUUCAUGUUUGAAAGUUCUCCAGGCGGCAAUCUCGGCUGGGAACCCGACAUCAAACUGACAGAUGAAAUGGUAAUGAUCAUGGGUGGGAAGAUGGAAGCGCCACCAUUCCAAUGGUUUAUGGAGCUGUGUGUCCAGGGCUUCCUGGCCAUCAGGCCUUAUCAGGAGGCAGUUGUCUCUUUAGUCUCACUUAUGCUGGAUACUGGACUCCCUUGUUUUCGAGGACAGACAAUUAAGUUACUCCGCAGUCGUUUUGCUCCCCAAGCUAACGAGCGUGAAGCAGCCAAUUUCAUAUUGAAGGUCGUACGGGACUCGCUUUUUGUCUACUUGUAUUUCUUUCCAUUUUGUUUUCUUUCCACAAAUUUACUUAUUUUCCUUCUUCUAAUUCUUUCAUUCUUUUUCUAUUUUUCCUUUCAUUUUCCAGUUGAGAAAAAAAUGAAUCUUUUUCAGAUUUAUAUUUAUUCCUUCUCUCUCUCUUUAUUAACUUUCCUUUUAUUUAUUUCCUUUUCUUUCUUUCCUUUCCUCUCCCUUUCUUUCUUUCCUUUCCUCUCCCUUUCUUUCUUUCCUUUCCUCUCCCUUUCUUUCCUUCCUUUCCUCUGCCUUUCUUUCUUUCCUUCCUUUCCUCUGCCUUUCUUUAUUUCCUUCCUUUCCUCUGCCUUUCUUUCUUCUCUCUUUCCUUUCCUCUGCCUUUCUUUCUUCUCUCUUUCCUUUCCUCUGCCUUUCUUUCUUCUCUCUUUCCUUUCCUCUGCCUUUCUUUCUUCUCUCUUUCCUUUCCUCUGCCUUUCUUUCUUCUCUCUUUCCUUUCCUCUGCCUUUCUUUCUUCUCUCUUUCCUUUCCUCUGCCUUUUUUUUCUCUCUCUUUCCUUUCCUCUGCCUUUCUUUCUUCUCUCUUUCCUUUCCUCUGCCUUUCUUUCUUCUCUCUUUCCCUUUCCUCUGCCUUUCUUUCUUCUCUCUUUCCUUUCCCUCUGCCUUUCUUUCUUCUCUCUUUCCUUUCCUCUGCCUUUCUUUCUUCUCUCUUUCCUUUCCUCUGCCUUUCUUUCUUCUCUCUUUCCCUUUCCUCUGCCUUUCUUUCUUCUCUCUUUCCUUUCCUCUGCCUUUCUUUCUUCUCUCUUUUUCUUUCCUCUGCCUUUCUUUCUUCUCUCUUUCCUUUCCUCUGCCUUUCUUUCUUCUCUCUUUCCUUUCCUCUGCCUUUCUUUCUUCUCUCUUUCCUUUCCCUCUGCCUUUCUUUCUUCUCUCUUUCCUUUCCUCUGCCUUUCUUUCUUCUCUCUUUCCUUUCCUCUGCCUUUCUUUCUUCUCUCUUUCCUUUCCUCUGCCUUUCUUUCUUCUCUCUUUCCUUUCCUCUGCCUUUCUUUCUUCUCUCUUUCCUUUCCUUCUUCUCCCUUUCCUUCUUCUCCCUUUCUUUCUUCUUUCCUUUCUUUCUUCUCCCUUUCCUUCUUCUUUCCUUUCUUUCCUUCUUCUCCCUUUCCUUCUUCUCCCUUUCUUUCCUUCUUCUCCCUUUCCUUCUUCUCCCUUUCUUUCCUUCUUCUCCCUUUCUUUCUUCUCCCUUUCUUUCCUUCUUCUCCCUUUCUUUCUUCUCCCUUUCUUUCUUUCCUUCCUUCCUUUCCUCUACCUUUCUUUUCCCUCGAAAAAAAAAAAAUUUUUUUUUAAACUUUUUUUCCCUCCUUCCAUUCAUGUCUUACUGAUGCUAUUUCAUCCUAUUUAA